AUGGAUUCUGAACAAUUGGCCAUUCUGAAUAAACAGGAAGAGGAAAUCCCAGGCAUCAUUUCAAAAAUAAAACAUAGCAUUGCUGAACUGAAGAAGUUACUGAACUCCAAUAAUUUCAGCCUUAUCUCUGCCUACAAAUCCAAUAUUGGUGGGUCAAGAAGAUUGCUUCCUACACCAACAUAUUCCUUACCUACUUUUACCCCUCCAAUGAUCAACAAGGAGAAGCUUUAUCAACAGUUUGGAUCUCUGUCAGCAUUGUCUAUUAAACAGAAAAAACAUGACUAUUCAGUAAAAUCCCCUGGUACUGAUUCCUCUUCCCAUGACAGACCACUUGUUUAUGUACCAUGCAUAACCACAGAUAUAAACACUGGGUAUGCAUUACGCAGUGUGUCCUGUCUGAGUUGCGAACAACUGUGGACAUGUGGUUUGGACAACAUAAUUGGACUCUACAACCUCCGUGGGGAACUAUUGAAGUCAGUCCGAACCACGUCAGGGAACGCUCCAGAGGACAUAACAGUGACAAGAAAUAGGGAACUAGUUUAUACUGACAGCAAAGAUAGAAGUGUCAACAUUGUGAACAAUACACAAAUACAGACAAUUAUCAAACUACAGGGGUGGAUACCUCGCGGUGUCUGUACUAGCUCCUCUGGUGACCUCCUGGUUCUCGUGGAAAGUGAUGAUUACAAGCAUGCUCAAAAAACAAAAGUUGUGCGUUACUCUGGUUCAGAAGAGAAACAAAGUAUUCAAUUCAAUGAUAAAGGAAAGCCUCUUUAUUCAGCUGGUGGCACUAAAUACAUCAGUGAGAACUGGAACCUAGAUAUAUGUGUCUCAGACUAUGACGCCCGUGCAGUUGUGGUGGUCAAUCAGGCUGGUGAACUUCGGUUUAUCUACGAUGGUUUUCCUUCUAAUGACAAAGGAUCAGUCUAUCCACGCGGCAGGGGUAAUUUAACUUUCAGCCUCUUUAGACCACACGGCAUUGCUACAGACAGCCAGAGUCAGAUUCUGAUAGCAGACCCUCGCAACAAUCAUAUCCACAUCCUGGAUCAGGAUGGACAGUUCCUCCGCUAUAUUGACGCCUUUUUCCCAGAGGAUUCGUUCCGCCACUGCUUUAACAAUGAGUUUCCGUCGGUUUUAUGUGUGGACACCAGAGACAACCUGUUUGUGGCUGAGAGCAAAAAAGGUGAAAUAAAGAGAAUAAAGUACAUGUAUUAUAUGUAA